AUGGCGGACUCAAUUGAGAAAAAGCAGCCGGCAGUCGGCAAUGCUAAAUUGGAAGGACUGGUUACUGAUGUGAAGAUGACUGGGGACCAGUACCUGACCGGCCUGACCUUGUACUUCAUCGGCUAUGUCUUGUUCGAAGUUCCGUGCAACAUCAUUCUCAAGCGAACCAGUCCGCGCAUGUGGUUGCCGACAGUGACAUUUAUCUGGGGGGUCGUCGCCACGCUGCUGGGUGUCGUCCAGAACUAUUCCGGAUAUCUCGCUUCGCGCUUCUUCCUCGGAGUCUCUGAGAGUGGUCUGUUCCCGGGAGUGGUGUUCUACCUCUCGAUGUGGUACAAACGCAAUGAGCAGCAUUAUCGCGUCGCCCUGUUUUUCAGCGCAGCUUCUCUGGCUGGUGCAUUUGGUGGUGUCUUAGCCUGGGGCAUUGGACACAUGAGGGGCGUGGGUGGCUACAAUGGCUGGAGAUGGAUAUUCAUUCUGGAGGGCUUAGCCACGAUCGUUGUUGCUUUGUUCGCGUAUUUCCUGGUCUACAACUAUCCGUCGACCGCCGAAUUCCUGACCGAGGAAGAGAGGGAGUUUAUCCAGUUCCGUCUGAAAUACGACAGUGAUGCCACGCGCGAUGAAUCUUUUACCUGGACGGCAGUGCUGAAGGCUGCCAAGGACCCGAAGGUCUGGCUUUAUGGGCUGGCUUUCCACACCAUCUCUCUUCCGCUGUAUACGCUGUCGCUGUUCCUGCCGACAAUUAUCAACGAGCUGGGAUACUCUGCCGCUGCCGCGCAGCUUCUCUCCGUCCCGCCUUACGCAGUCGCUUUCGUCCUGACCAUCACGGUGGCCGUCCUCUCCGAGCGGACUCGGCGCCGUGCGCCUUUCGUCAUGGCCAGCUCGGCCAUCGGCUGUAUCGGGUACAUCAUUCUGCUAUCGACACACAGUCCGGGCCGGUCCUACGUCGGGACUGUCUUCGCAGCCGCGGGGAUCUAUCCCUCUGCGGCCAUCGUCCUGGCGUGGCCGGCCAACAACGUGUCCGGACAGACGAAGCGCGCGAUCGCCAACGCGAUGCAGAUCUCCAUCGGCAAUCUCGGUGCCGUGCUGGGCACGCAGCUGUACCGCGCCGAGAGCAGUCCGCGAUUCUUUGUAGGCCACGGCUUCGCGCUGGGGUAUCUGGUAGCCAACAUCGGCGUGGCGACCACCCUGUGGCUGGUCCUGCGGAGGGAGAACGUCCGCAAGGCGCAGGAGCGCGAGAUCCGCGGGAUCGCGCCGUUGGAGGAGGUUGGCAAUGGAGGGGAUGAUUUCCAGGGUGAUGAGGAUCCUCGAUGGAUUUUCCAGACUUGA